AUGGGCAAAAUCCGCAUCCUGCGCGAUAUCAAGGCGCGCAACGGCGUGAACGCGAACGAAAUCAUCCGGCGCGCGUACCUCUACGUCGCACGCAACCAAACCUUACCCCCACAGGUGCGCUACCAGGCACAGCUGCAGUUAAAUACGUUUGGGCGAUACACCCGCCCCACCACCGUCAAGAACCGCUGCAGCGAGACCGGGAGGGGACGUGGUAUUAUAAGCGAGUUCGCACUGUCUAGGUACCAAUUCAGGACGAAAGCAUUGAACGGAGAUUUGCCUGGGGUGAAGAAGGCGUCGUGGUAA